AUGUCCGCCCAGCCAAGCAAGACACAGGAGUUGUGCACUUCUGGUACCAGCACUGGCCUUCCGUUGCUGGUUGACCACAAUGAGCUUUGGGUUGGACAGAUCCUUCCAUUUCUGGGAAUGGGGCAGUUUGCCUUUGUUGGCAGUGUCAACAAGCAGUGGAACAAGCUCUAUCAAGAAUACUGUGCCACUGUGGCGAAUCCUUCUUUAGUCAAGAAAUCAAAUAACUCCUGGCAUGGAAAUCGCGCAGCAAAAUACAGAGAUACGUAUUACUCAGCAGCAUUCUACAAUGUAUCCACCGCUGAAUAUUGGCACAACUAUGAAUGCUCAGAGAACAAUGAUGUCUGCACUGUAAUUGCUAAACUGGGGUCUCUGUCCGUGCUUCAGUGGGCCCGUGAACAUGAUUUUCCAUGGGAUGAAAGGACAUGUGCCAAUGCUGCCAAGGGUGGCCAUUUGGAUGUCUUGAAAUGGGCACGUGAAAUUGGUUGCCAGUGGGAUAAAUGGACAUGUGUCAAUGCUGCCCAAACUGGCCAUUUGGACAUCCUGAAAUGGGCACGUGAAAAUGGCUGCCCUUGGGAUGAACAGACGUGCAAAUCUGCUGCUCUCCAUGGCCAACUUGCACUCCUGAAAUGGGCACGUGCAAAUGGUUGCCGGUGGGAUGAACAGACAUAUACCACUGCUGCUCACCAUGGCCAACUUGAACUCCUGAAAUGGGCACAUGGAAAUGGCUGCCCUUGGGAUGAACAGACGUGCAAAUCUGCUGCUCGCCAUGGCCAACUUGCACUCCUGAAAUGGGCACGUGAAAAUGGCUGCCCUUGGGAUGAAUGGACAUGUGCUCUUGCUGCUUUCCAUGGCCAUUUGGACAUCCUGAAAUGGUCCAGGGAAAAUGGUUGUCCAUGGGAUGAACAUACGUGCGGCUUUGCUGCAUCCGGAGGGCAAUUGGAUGUCCUGAAAUGGUGCAGAGAAAAUGGUUGUCUAUGGGAUGAACGGACGUGCUCAGCUGCUGCUGUCAAUGGCCAGUUGGACAUCCUGAAAUGGAGCAGAGAGAAUGGCUGCGGUUGGAGCGAAACAACAUGUGCCACUGCUGCUGGCCAUGGCCAACUUGAACCCCUGAAAUGGGCCAGAGAGAAUGGCUGCCCUUGGGAUGAACAGACGUGCUCAUCUGCUGCUGGUGAUGGCCAUUUAGAGGUCCUCAAAUAUGCCCAUGAAAAUGGCUGCCCAUGGGAUGAACGGACAUGCAAGUAUGCUGCUGGAAGGGGUCAAUUAGGGGUCCUCAAAUAUGCACAUGAGAAUGGGUGCCCUUGGGAUGAAGGGACCUGGCGAAGCGCAAAAGAAUAUGGCAAUGCGUACUUGUUGCAAUGGUUGCGAGAUAAUGGAUGCCCAGGAGCCAAAUAAUUUGAUUUGAUUGAAAACACAGGUGGAUCUGGCUAGCUAGAAUAUUCUUUAAUACUAAGAGAUAC